UGCUGAGCGCAUCUUAGCCGCCGCACCCAUAGGCAGAGUUAUCGGAAUCCCUCCUACAUCACUGGUCGGUUAUGGCCCUCUAGUCAUGCUACCAGAUUGACAGCAUCUUGAAAGGAACGAGAAGAUAAGCGUGCGUUGCAUGCAGCCGACAUGGAAUGUGUAUAUGCAACAGCACAUAGAAAUUCAUCUCUGAGUUAGCUAAACGUCCGUGCAUGAAAUCAUGGCUAAGCAAUAUGAUGUUCUGUUCAGACUCUUGCUUCUUGGAGACUCCGGAGUCGGAAAAACCUGUUUAUUAUGCAGAUUCACGGACAAUGAAUUUCACCCUUCACAUAUUUCCACAAUAGGUGUCGAUUUCAAAAUGAAGACCUUAAUGAUAGAUGGAAUUAAAGUAAGGAUACAGAUAUGGGAUACGGCAGGCCAGGAGAGAUACCAGACUAUAACCAAACAGUACUACAGACGAGCACAGGGAAUCUUCCUGGUGUAUGACAUCACAAGCGAGCGGUCCUUCCAGCACAUUAUGAAGUGGGCCAGUGAUGUGGAUGAGUAUGCUCCUGAAAAAGUACAGAAGAUUCUUAUAGGGAAUAAAUCGGACGAGGAGCACAAGAGACAGGUGGCUACAGAGCAGGGUACCAAGCUUGCCAAAGCUUAUGGAAUGGACUUCUACGAGACAAGUGCCUUCACCAACCACAACAUCAAGGAGUCUUUCACACGGCUGGCCGAGCAGGUCCUUCAAGCUAACUGGAAAGACCUGGAUGUACUGAGAGCAUCUGUGACUGACGAGCUCAACAUCACCGCCCUGGAGGAUGAAGAAGGCAUAGGCGAUGGCCAUGGAGACUCACAAAAAGCCUGCUGGUGUUAAAAGCAAAGCAGGAAAUGACAUUGCCUCCUCAUGCAAUCAAGGCCUGUUAUAUUUUUCUUUAUGGACAAACAUUUACACUGGUAUGAACAUUAGUUUCCACACUGUCUCGCUGUGACGUGUCCAGACUGAGGUCAGCAGGGUUUGGUGCCUUGAGUGGCUCUUUCUCCAGGACACCAUGAACUGAAUGAACAGAGGUGCCUCUCCUGCGUGAGUGUCUGUGGGUUUGAAACACACUCUUUGCUACCUGCACAGUGCCAUACACAAUUUGGCCCACUAGAUGGCGUCGCCUGCUUUCUAAUGGCUGUGAUGAGGGAUAUGAGGGAUGCAGAGGAGUUUAAAUAUGGCGGAGGAUUCUUAAAUCCAAGGUACCUCUACACGUGAUGAACGGCUCAGUGGGUGUCAAAAGGAUGUUCGGGUAUUAUGUAGCUGAUUCUUUGUUAGUUUUUUUGGUCAUAUCUGCCUGGGUUUCCCUGGAUUGUUCCACUGUGGUGUGUGUAAGGCCUUUUGAAGACCAACAGUAUGUGCAGUGAGUGGUCUGUAUAAAGAUAUGACUGUUUGUUGCGGUUCCAGCAGUUUGAAAUGCGUGUGAUUAAUGAGUAGACUGUCUUCAUGCCCCCCGCAAAACGAAAGGCCAAAACCUGGGGCUUUGACUUGAGUGUGAAACCGUACCUUUGAGAUAAUAGUACGUUUCAGGUUGACAUUCAGGUGUGGUCUACAGUACAUAAAAAAGGCAACCGCACAGCAGUUUGUUUGGCGCAGCUAAUUUCACCACAGCUGUUCUAUGACUGUGCAACUUCUUCAGCUGAAACAAGGGUCACUGCAAAACGUCCUCAGUGGAAUGUUUUAAUCAUCAAAUGCUUGUAUAGUUGCUGUUUGCAUCCUUGGCGUCAAAUAAUGCAACUUGCUGACCCAGCUUCUGUUGUACAGUAUAGCAGAAAUUCACCAUUUGCACUGCAGACUAUCAUGCUGGGGAUAUAGUGCAGAAGUGGUUCGCAACUCAUAUCAUAUUUUUCAAGUAUUUAUACUAUUGCACCAGUGUCAUGCAUUUUGAUUGUGUCUUGGUUUAAAUAUGAUCAAUUGUUGAAAUAGACAUUUUAGUUCAUAUCCCCUUAAACAUUUGACUUAAAUUGGAUAUGUUAAAUCAAGAUGUUUCAAUUCAUUGAUUUUAAAAGGUUACAUGUGCAGUAUGGAGACCUGAUUCAGUUCAGUAAAAAGCAAGAUUUACUUGGUUUUGUCUUUUAUUCAUAUCCACUAUUCCAACUUCAGUGAAGUUAAAUCUCAACUGAUCAUGGUAUACAGUAUAUUGCAAGCAUUUCACUAGAGACUACCGCAGAAGCAGUGAUUAUGGAACUUGCUUGGAUGCAUCUACCGCAAUGAUUCAAUGUAACCAGUGCAAACCAAGAACAGAUUAUUUGUAUGUGUGUAUAAGUGAUAUUACGGUGUGUUGUAUACUGAAUGAUGUAAAAUGCUUUAGAUGCUAAUAUAUCUUUGUGUCAUUCAUUAAAAAUGUUUCUCUACACUUGUGAAAAUA